AUAUUAUUGAAAAGAAUGUAAAUAAAUCAAUUUUAAGUUAAUGUUUAAAUUUUCUUAAGUAGUUACGUUUAGAUUCUUUUUCUUUUUUUAAAAUUUAUUUGAAAACUUUGCUGAAAUAAAAUCAUUCUUUUCUAAGUAAGCCUUUCCUUUGUAAUUUACCGAAGUAGUAACGUUGAGGUUAAUAUUUUUUGUUUUAUUAUUUUGGAAUAGUUCGUUUGCAUUAGUUUGUUUACCGCAGGAGGGGAAAAGAAAUGGGGGAAAAAAAUUUCAAAUACUUACGGAUAGUUCUCCUAUGAAACGUGUGGUGGGGCCAGCUAGUGGAGAAACUAGUGAAGAUCAGGCAGGCUUUGCAAAUUCUGGGCUUUAUUCUGAGGAAAGGAAGCAGUGUAUUGAAGGAGAGGGCCUGCACCACCAUUGUGACUUUGUGAGUCCAAUGCUGGAGCAUGCUGAGGCAGUGUGGGAUACGUACACAGCAGUGCUUGAGAUGGUACAGAGGAGAGCUACCGUGAGUGAGAAGUGGAGGAUAAUAAAAAAAAAUAGAGAAAGAUUUAAGUAGUCCUUCAAAACUAACUAAGAGGGUGGAAGAGUCUAAAUGAUAGAAGAUGGACAAAGAUGUUAAUUAGAAUAUACAAAAAAUAUGUGGGGGGGGGAGGGGGCGGCACCUUGUUUCACCUAGUAAAGAGAGGGAAAUGAAACAGGAGGGAUAACUCUAGAAAAGCUCUUGUUGAGAAGGAGAAUAGAAAAGGGGGAAAAACUGGCUGUUUAUAAGAACAAUUGGGAAAUGAAAUAGAUGAGGAGAGUAUGUUAGCAGGGAAUGUGAUACAAUUCAGAAGAAUGGUAAGAAGAAAAUAGGGUGAAUUUUUUGCAGACAAAUGUGCUGUUUUGUUGUACUGUUUAAUAUUAAGUGUCUUUAAAAUGGUAAAUGUACGCAAUUAAUGAUUCCUCUUUACUUGAGGCACGCGAAGGAAAUCUUUGAUGCACAGCUGUAUUAUGUCCAGCAUUUUUUCAUGGCGGUCCAGAACUAUUUCAAGACAUUCGCGUAACAUGCUGUGUGCUGUGCUUUCGAACAUGAGUGGCAGCGGAGGGGACCGCUGCAAACAACUGUCCGCGGGAGACAGCGCCACAGUGAGCAAAGUGGUGACUCCGGGUGACGUGGAAGCCUUCAGCAGCUUGACCGGGGACGUGAACCCCGUCCACUUCGGCCGGGACGCCAUCGUGCCCGGUGCCCUUCUAAACGGCCUGGUGUCCGGCGUGAUGGGGGCCCGGCUCCCCGGGCCUGGCACCAAGGUCGUGGCGCAGACCCUGAACUUCCCCAACGCCUGCCCGGUCGGCGACCAAGUGUGCGUCACGGUGACGGUCACGUCUGUGCGGAAGAUCGUCGUGUGUAGCUUCUCCUGUGUGACGAGUCGCAAUCAGAAAACUGUUCUCAGGGGUGAAGCAAAAUUGAUUGUGAAUAGAGAAAAAACUUGAGUUAAAGAACUUAUUUAGUUGGUAGUGGUAGAUUCAUUAUGGACUAUUUUCAGGAUGCGUCCCAGAUUAAAAAAAAUUAUAAAUUUUAAAAAUUGUCAUAUUCAAAAUUUAAAGUGAGUUGGUAUAUGUAUAAAUUAGUUCUAUAAUAUACAAUCAGGCCUCUACAGACUCUCUUGAAGUUACGAGUCAGACAAAAUCUAGGAGCCAGCUGGUGUAGAUUAUUUAUCACACCUCACAAAGCGGACAAGUAAACAACAGUACAGAACCAGUGCAAUACCGUGCCUGACAUGCUCGUCUGACUUUAUGUUGCACUGUUAUCUAGUUGUAGAUGUGUGUAAUGUUACCAAGUGUUUGAGGCACACAGGUGUUGCGUUCAUGGUGAGUGAGCCCGCCAUGGGAAUACUGACUACCACUCUAGCAAAAGAUGGGAUGGUUCUUUACUGUAAGCCAUGGCAAAUUCCUUUCCUCAUUAGCCCUGAUUGUUGUUGUAUUUGUCUCUAAUGACCUAGCUGUCGACAAUAUAUUAAGCCUAGUUUAAAAAAAAAAAAAAAUUAUUAAUACUGCUUUAUCCUAGUGAGAUUGUAGGUUGUCAAUUUAAUGGUGGGCCCACUGUCGCCUCAUAUUGCAGCACCUAGGUUGAGCGAUAGGACCAUUCAGAUAAACGAAUGGCCUGGAGGCAAAUAAUAUUGUUAGUUCCCCUCCCAAUUAGUUAAUGUAUAAUUUUUCAAACCCCAAACUUAAAAAAAAAAUUAAAAUACUGUAAAUGCUACUGUUCUGUAAAAUUGAUAUGUGCAUAUUGCAUAACUUGUAAGGUUUCUGGUGAAUUAUAUUAAUAACACACUUCAUUUCAUCUAAUAAAGGUAAACCCAAGCAUUAAAAAAAAAUUGUGUGUGUGUCUUUCAGUACCUGCUAGUGAUAUGUAACAUCUAACCUUGGUAACGAGCCAAAUCAUGUGUUCUCAUGUUGCAAAUACACUUAUAAUACAAAACUCUUACACAUAAUUUAAUGUAGAAUGUUUUUUUUAUGUUGACUAAUCAUUUGAUUUGCAAAGCUAAAUUUUAAACAAUAU